AUGAUGAAAGGGUGCGGAUCAAAUGGGGAGGCGACGCCGUCAACCGCUGACGGCGGCGUCAUAGUCUGCGUUUGUAUUCCGGCGUCGAUUACGUCGUCCUCCUCCGCCCAAUUCCCCGUCCUCUCUCGCGCCCUCGCCGGCUGUACCAACCACAAUUCUGUUGGCGAAGCUGCGGUAAAGGUGGCCUUAGAGAAGGUUAUGACUCAAGCCCUUUCAAAAGCAGGGUCUAAUUGUUCAGAUCUUAGAGCAGUUUGCUUGUCCUUAUCCGGUGUUAAUCAUCCUUCAGAUCAGCAAAGAGUACUGGGAUGGCUCAGAGACAUUUUUCCAAGUCAUGUCAAGUUGUUUGUGGAAAAUGAUGCUGUGGCAGCAUUGGCUAGUGGGACAAUGGGGAAGCUUCAUGGUUGUGUAUUGAUUGUUGGCACCGGUUGUAUUGCUUACGGGUUUACCGAAGAUGGAAGGGAAGCCCGAGCUUCUGGUGCUGGGCCUGUUUUGGGAGACUGGGGCAGUGGGUAUGGAAUUGCUGCACAGGCACUGACAGCAGUGAUCAAGGCUUAUGAUGGCCGUGGACCACAAACAAAUCUUACAACGAACAUUCUGAAGAUGCUUGAGCUUUCGUCACCAGAUGAACUAAUCGGGUGGACCUAUGCAGACCCCUCUUGGGCUCGUAUUGCUGCACUUGUCCCUGUGGUUGUCUCUUCUGCUGAGGCUGGUGACGAAGUUGCCAACAGAAUAUUGCAUGACGCGGUCCAGGAAUUGGCUGAUAGUGUUAAAGCUGUCGUCCAGAGACUUGGAUUGUGUGGUAAAGAUGGAAAGAAUCAUUUUCCGCUUGUUAUGGUUGGAGGUGUUCUUAAUGCUAAUAAGAGCUGGGAUAUCGGGAAGGAAAUCAUAAACCGUAUCUCCAAGGUUUAUCCUGGAGUUCGUCCUAUUCGACCUGAGGUCGAACCUGCUGUGGGCGCAGCAUUGGUGGCUUGGAACAGAUAUGUCAAAUAUGUCAAAGAAUCAGAAAGGUGACAAUGGAAGCUCACAUUUAGAUCCCUAUGGGUGAUAAGAUUUACUCUAUACAACAACCUGCUACUGCAGAUAAUGAAAGGGAUGAACACAAAUUACAAGAUGAAUAUAAUGUGAAGUUUCUGAACUAUGGGCAGAUUGAUGCACGCGCUGCAAUUUACAUUUUUAUCGGAACAUCUUGAUUCAAGAAUUUGUGAAUUUGUAUCAGCUUCUAGGGAGCCAAGUUGUACAAAUAUGAUAAGUAAAUGGGUCCUUGAUGUUGACUUCUUC